GUCUCAACAAGUGUCCCUCGACUGCGGGUUGUGUCCUUUGAACCCCUUCUUGCACCGACCAUUACGCGUAAUAUCAUUGUUUCAUUGCUCAUUGGUAACAUAUUAAAACCGCUCUACCUGUAAUUGGCGACUCAGCGGAUGUGGAUGGCUUUACAACGUGUAGUUGAUGAUCCAAUUACUCACACAAGAACUCGGGUUGAUCCAUCUACACGCUAGGAAACACUCGCUAUGGUAGUUAAUCUACAUCACUUGGCUAGUGCACAACACACCUGACGCAGUGUGUGCGUGCAUUGGGUAAGGGAUAUUCAUGGGUGAGUUGGAUGUGCUGAUCCGAGAGGGAUACAUGAUGUGCAUGAAACAUUAUAACUCUCUCGUCGGCUAAGAACAUCUCCAGCAGGAAUUCAGCCGCUGAAAGCGCGCUUUAUGAGUUGAUGUACGAAGGACUAUCUGUCUCAAAACCGGGGGAAUGUUUUACCUGCGUUGCUGACCUGUCCUUAAAAUGCACGAGCGGUUGGGCACGCAUCAUUUAUUCACCAUUGAGUUGUUUCAUUAACCUACAUUGCGUUAUACAAUGGUCGUCGUCUGUCGCCAACCACGACUCCCAUCAAUACAGCAGGCUGGCGGCUAUGAUGCGAGGAGAGUCUGAACGCAAUAUUUCUCGACUGCUCUUCAACAUUAUUCAAUGCAUUGUUCAGUUGUGUGUAGCCCCAUUAUAACAUUCCGUUUUGGAAGGACUCCGUUUACUGUGACAAUGAUGUCGUCGGUUUUAAUACAAUGUGUCGUCUACGUUCAAUACCUCAAAAAUGUCCUGACAACAGACGUAUGCAACAAGGCAUCUUAUUGACACGUCCGGUAUGCAAGCAAGCCAAGCGUGAGUUUUAUAAUUGCUAGGAGGUUCCAUCAUCGGGUAUAGUGGGCUCCGCCGCUGUUGUGUAAAGCUACAUGAAACUAAUCGUUUGCAUCGAUAUAAACGCCGUGGCUAUUGGGGAGCAUUACCGGCUGUGGUGACCGACGGUUUAAUUAUGGCGGCCGGGCUGAGUAAGCUUCUACGGCAAAGCAAUCGGGCACCGCCGAGCGUUCGCCGAAAAAGACACUCAUUUAGCCGGGUGAGAAAGCUCCGAAUAGGUAAUCAGGAUAGUACGACAUCACCGGAGAAUUCGGUCACCCUCCCGGCGGGUAGUGGGGGUGCUACUGGUGGGGGCCCCGCUACCAUCGGAGGAGGAGGAGCAGGAGAAGGGGGAGGAGGAGGAGCUGCACAUGCGAUGAUCAUCACCAAUGAGGAACCGGAUAUACGGCGAGAGAUAAAUAGUGUUAGAUUCAGGGACGAUUCUUAUGGUACUUGUUCCGACGACACUGCGGUGGCAUUACCCGGAAUGAUCCCAUCGUCGGAAUCACCGGUGGUCCGGAGUAAAUCUGGACCUAUCCUAAAGAAUAAGUCUGAACCGAGCACGUCAAGGGUUAAACCGGCCGGACAGGGUAUCUCGUCAUCGGAUCUUGAGGAUGUACCCCAACCGACUAAGAAGUACGUGACGAAUGUACGCAACCGUCGCGUCAUGAAAGAGUACAGUGCAGUCAGUCGCAUCAGCGAGAAUGAUGAUCCUAUAUUCGAGGUAAGUCUGGUGUCGGAUAACCUCUACGAGUGGAACAUCAAGCUGUUCGAGGUUGACCCGAUCUCUCAACUUUACAACGACAUGCAGGUCACGAAGACGACCUCUAUCGACUUCAAUAUGACAUUUCCGGACAAUUUCCCUUUCUCCCCGCCGUUUGUCAGAGUGACAGCACCUCGCAUUGAGAACGGUUACGUGCUAGACGGAGGGGCCAUCUGCAUGGAGCUACUCACCCCACAGGGCUGGUCGAGCUCCUACACCAUCGAAGCGGUCAUUCUGCAGUUGGGGGCAACCCUUGUCGCAGGCCAUGCCCGCAUCUGUCAAAAUAAGAAGAAACUAUUUGGUGAGAUACCAUUCAAUAAACAGGAGGCACUUGAGAGCUUCAAUAACAUUGUGGAAACUCACAAACGCUAUGGGUGGUUGAAUCCACCUGGUGAGUUUAGCUGAUUCUCUGUUGAUCGGUUGUGAUCAGAAUCCCCUAUUGUCUAUGACGUAAUCAUGACCUCAUAAGUGAGUGUUAAUGCAACACGUUGCUGCGUUUGCUUGGAAAUCCUUGCUGGGAAAACACUCUUGCUCUGGCAAUACUGUUCUCAAAGACGUAACAGUAACCUGUACAUGCUUCAUUUUUGAAAUGUUCAAGUAAGGCUUUUUCUCCUUGAAAAAUUACACCCUUUGAGGAAAUUGUAAAUUUCUACCGGAGCAUUUCAUGAGCACGAAGGCAAUG